AACCAAAUUACUGCGAGGUAACAACGAUCGCUAGAAGCUAUAAAUCCAUCUCCACUUCCUCUUGCCGCAACAGAGAACGAGCAACUGAUCGUCGCUCUCUCUUCUCCUACCUCGUCUUCAACGAUCGUCGCAAGAAUGGCUUUCUCUACCAGCCCCAGGCCGGCACUGCAGCCGAGGUUCAUCCAGCACAAAAAGGAGGCCUUUUGGUUCUACCAGCUAGUCUCCGUCGCAUACGAUCAGAUAUUCAAGCCGCAGCACUGGAACGAGGACAUGAGGGACGAUGCCCUGGAGCCGACUGAUCUCCGUGAUCCGGAGCUGAAGGUCGUCGACGUCGGCGGUGGAACCGGCUUCGCCACAUUGGGCAUUAUCAAGAGCAUACACCCUAAGAACGUCACCAUUCUCGACCAGUCACCGCACCAACUCGCCAAGGCGAAGCAAAGGGAGGCCCUCAAGGAAUGCACCAUCAUAGAGGGCGACGCCGAGGACCUCCCCUUCCCCACUGACUCCGUCGAUCGCUACGUCUCUGCGGGAAGUAUCGAGUAUUGGCCUGAUCCUCAACGAGGAAUCAAGGAGGCAUACAGAGUAUUGAAACCAGAGGGGCUCGCCUGCAUCAUCGGUCCCGUCUACCCAACGUUCUGGCUCUCAUGCUUCUUCGCCGACUUGUGGAUGCUCUUCCCCAAGGAAGAAGAAUACAUAGAGUGGUUCGAGAAGGCUGGUUUUAAGGAUGUGAAGUUGAAGAGGAUUGGCCCCAACUGGUACCGUGGUGCCCGGCGCUUUGGCCUCGUCAUCGGGUGCUCGGUCACCGGCGUCAAAAGAGGAUCCGGCGAUUCACCUCUGCAGCUCGGUCCCAAGGCUGAAGACGUAAACAAGCCAGUGAACCCCUUUGUCUUCCUCCUACGCUUCAUUUUAGGUACGAUUGCAGCAGCCUAUUACGUGCUGGUGCCGAUCUACAUGUGGGUUAUGGAUAAAAUUGUGCCUGAAGGGCAGGCCUUUUAAGAGCGAAGGCUCAUCCUCAUCAUGAUCCUGAAGAAGAAUUGUGGUUGAAUCACCAUUUUAGUUGUUCGUCUCUCUGUUUUGCUUAUGUAGUCGUUCAUUCGCAGCAGGCAACUUGUUAGAAGAACGCUGCUCUGUCUGUCUGGGAAGUUGCACUGUUUUCCUUUGUAACACUAUUAUUUGUUGUCUGAUCAUGUUGUCUUGUCUGUUAACAAAUGCUUGUUGAAGAUUCAUUGUUGCUGAAUCUGAAUGAUGCUUUGUCAA